AGCAUUUUUUCCCUGCAUUAAAAUUAAUUUUUACAUUUUAUGCAAGCUCUGAACAGAAGGAGGGCACAAGGUUUUUUGAAUUUUAAAAGACAUACGUGUCCGUCUUCGAGGGGACAGUUGUUAUCGGUUUUUGUCGAAGGGGAAGUGCAUAAAAGAGCCGCAAUCAAGAUAGCGAGUUCACUAACGAAUCAAAGGCAGGACGAUGUUGCACCUGAGCAAAAGUGUUUUCAUAGUCGCUCUAGCGUGCGUCUUGCCCGUCAGAAGUUGGGAACCAAGGAGACACGUCGCCAAAGCCGGCGGGUUCUGUCCAUCUGCUGUCUCGUUCAGGGCGUACGCCAAGCAGGACCUCGAGUACUGCUACGAAAAGUUGAAUUUCCAAAAGGAACUGGCGCAAGGACAAUCGACAGCAUGCGAAGAAACCAUUGCUAAUCUCACACAAGCUUUGACCGAUCAGGCGCAGAACUGCAGAAUUAUGGUUUUAAAUGCAGUUGAAAGUGGCAAUCUCUUAACAUCCAAGUUGACCGAGGAGCUGGGGAAAUGCAUAGAUGCAAACUAUCCAGAACUUGUUAGCAUCGAAAAGAGUGAUCUAAUACAAUAUUCAACCGGCACUUACUACAUAAGCAAAUCAUUCGAGAAGACAAAUUGGUACAUGGCAAACCUGUUCUGCAAAAACAACGGCAUGGAGCUGGCGAGCGUUGAAACCAAGGAGGAAAGCGAUUUUCUAAUAUCGGCGUUUGGUUCGACCUCGGACAAAUUUUGGCUUUCGGGCAACGACUUGGGCAGCGAGAAUUAUUUCUACUGGAUCGGCGUCGGGAAAUUGAUAGACCCCUUCUGGUAUUUUGAGCAGGGCCAACCGGACAACGGUAAUAACAAUGAAAACUGCGUCCAAUACUUUGUCCAUCCGAAUAUUAAUGGCGCAACUUACAAGUGGAACGACGCAAACUGCGGUGAAGAUGAGAGAUUCGUGUGUGAGCUUGAGUCUACUAAGAGAUAUGUUGGUGUUUUCUAAUAAAAAUGGCUGCAUAAUUUCUGAUGUUCU